AUGCAAAUCAUCUACCUCGCCUCCUUGCUCGCUGCUGCUCAAGCGGUGCCUCUCUACAAGAGAGUCUACCAACAAACUUCGCCCAUGUUCUCGCUCAUUGCUGAAGGCACGGAGGAAGAUACUCCCUUGAAAAGUGAAUUGGUCAAGUUUGACGGUGACCAAUUGAAGCUUUUGACCGACGAUGAUGCCUUUGUCGGCCGUGUCAAGGCUCUGACCGGUUAUGUUCUCAAUGUUCCUGGUACUCUGGGUAAGGCUCCUUCGCAAACCAACAUCCAGGUUGACAGUGAAGGUCAAUUGAAGGCUGCUUCGGGUAACGACAAGUCUACCCAAAACUUUGCUCUCUCCAAGUCGCAAUUGGUUCAGGCCAAGAACAACAAGUUCAGAGUGUGCCCUGACCUCAACGAUGGCCAAAAGUGGGAUGAAGAAAAGUGGAGAGACUUCGAAUACUCCAUCUACACUGGCGACUCGUCAUGCCCCGACGACACUAAGGGGAUUGAAGUUGUUUUGCACACCCAAAUUGACGCUACCAUCAACUACACCUCGGACACCAACGUGCAAAAGGUCAAGAGAUGGAUCCUGAACAAGUGGAACCGCUUGUAA